AUGUUUAUCUCUCAAGCUGUUCAGGGUAAUCAAGUGGGGUUUAUAAAAGGGAGACUGCUUUGUGAAAACGUCUUAUUGGCAUCAGAAUUGGUGGAAAACUUUCUUGGAAAUAAGAACUUCUGGGAGUUAAAUCCUGAUACUGCAGGAAGCUGGAUUUGGCGUAAACUCUGUAAGCUUCGCCCUCUAGCCAGACAAUUCAUAGUGUGUGAGAUUGGCUCGGGUGAAACCGCAAACUUUUGGCUUGAGAAUUGGACUGGUCUUGGUCCCUUGAUAGAUUUGGCUGGCCCAACUGGACCUUAGACUGUUGGCUUACCAAUAGAUGUGGUAAAUUUAUCCGAUUGUGACCAUGAUGAUAUUUUUCUUUGGAAAAUAGGUCAACAACCGCCUUCAAAUAUCUUCUCAACGACCAACACCUGGAUUGUCCUGCAUCCACCGGCAAAUCCAGUUUCCUGGCAUAAAGCAGUGUGGUUUAAAGAUCACAUCCCAAAACAUGCCUUUAUUUCCUGGGUAGCGACUUGGAAUCGCUUGCACACCCAUGACCGCCUAAGGAAUUGGGGUCUUGCUACCCCGUCAGUUUGCGUCCUGUGCACUACUCAUGAUGAGUCGCGUGACCAUCUGUUCUUCAAUUGUGAAUACAGCUCAGCAAUUUGGUCAUACUUCACUCGUCGAGCAAGUUUGAAUCCUCCAGCUCCUUUCAUGAACUCCCUGAUAUGGCUUAAAUCAGUUUCACCAAACAAGAACAUUGCAACUAUUAUCAAGCUGGCCUAUCAAGCUUCCUUAUAUUUUAUUUGGAAGGAACGGAACCUUCGAAUUCACACCGGGAUAUCUAGACCACCCCGACUUAUCAUCAAGGAGAUUCAGCUAAUUCUUCGAGCCCGCCUCAAUCCACUCUCUCUCACCAGAAGCUCUAACGCCCCGGGGGACUCUCUCCUAUGCACCUGGUUCGCCUUAUUUCAACCUUCUUCAACUGGAUCGUCGCAAGGGUAA